AUAUUUCAACACUAAUAGAUCAGAAGUGGUUUUUAAAAUAUUCAAGCAAUUCAACAAAGAUUUUAAUCUCCUCAAAACUUUCCGUGUACCAAGCUUAAUCAACAACAAAUUUAUCCAAUGGGUGUUAGAAAACUAUACAUCAAUAGAAUUAUUUCCAAAUAAUCAAAUAUUCUCGUUAUCCUUACCAAUACCUUCAUCCUCUUUAUCAAUUAUUUUUAAUAUUAAGAUUGUAGAAUUUUUUAAAAGUUUUUAUUUUUAUGGGAAAUAUGAUGAAAUUUACAAAUAUUUAAAACUAAGGGACCUACCACCAAACAUAGAAGGUAAUAAUGACAAGAUACUAGUCGGUGAAAGAAUUUAUAAAUGUAUUAAACUACAAUUGAAAUCGGACUAUAGAACAGAGUUUAUAGAGGAGCUAAUCAAAUGGAGCUUCAUUAAAGAAGAUCAAGAUAGAAUAGAUUGUAAAAAAUUGCUAUUCAUUUGUUUCAAAUCAGCCUCCCUCAAUGGAAAUAUUCAAGUUUUUAAAAUGUUAUUAGGCAAAUACAGUUCAGUUUUAUUAAGAAAUACAAAAAGACAAAAAGAUGGUAUUUUUAACAAAGAGGAAUUAAAAUCAUUAUUAAGAGACUCUAUCAAUAGAUCAAACUUGGAAAUUGGUGAUCUUUUAUGUAGUUUUACAACUCUAACUUCAAAAGAGUUUUUAAGUUGUGCAGAAAAAGAUUCAAUAUCAUUUAAUCAUUUCAAAGAUAAAUUUUUAAAAUAAUAAUAAACCUGUUUUUAUAUUGAUUUUUAUUU